AGAAUGCUGAUCGGUGAUUGGACGAGAGAAGGUGUAGCUCAUCAUGUGAUCUGGUUUGUUUCAGGACGUCAUCGGACCUGAGGACAGGGAUGAAACUGAAAAGUCAAAACAUCUGCAGCGUUUCCUCGACUGACGCUCAGACCAGAAGCCGAGGACUUACCUGCUCUUACCUGCCGAGGCUCCUCCCCUUCCAGGUGUGCGAUGGGACGCCAGGUACUGGGAGAGAGAGACUCUCCCAGCAUGCUGCAUCCUGGGUCUUUACUGGUGCAUCCUGGGUCUUUACUGGUGCAUCGUGGGUCAGAAACAAAGUGAAGAACACAGAUUUGAUGUUUUGUGAGGAUUUGUCUGCAGCAGUGUGUCACAGCAGUGGUGACAGUAACAGGACGCCGCUCUCUGAUUGGUCAGAUCACUGUGAUGUCGCUGCUCAGCCUCAGAAACAUCAAAGGAACAAAUGAGUGUUUGCAGUUUCCUCUGAUAAAUCCUCAGGUUGAGGAUGAAAAGGCCUCAGCGACACACACCCUUCCUGUCAGCGCACAACUCAUCACACAACACACACUGAUGACUGUUUACACACACUCACACACCUGUAACCUGAGACACACCCGAGCGUCUCACACGCUGAGGACAUUUCUUGACAUUAUCCUCGACCAAUCAAUUCACAGAUGGAGACUCUGACUGACGUAAAAAGAACAGAAGAGAAAAGAUGAAGAGAAAAGACAGAUGUUGAAUAGAAGAGUGAACUCAUCUGUUCUGACUGAAAUAUGUGAGUUUCUGUUCUAACACAAGAAGUUUCAUGAACAAGUAAACAUGUGAUCACAUGGAGCAGAUACAAACAAUAACAUGAAGAACACAGUGGAACUGAACCAUCAACACAUCAGCUUCACUGCUGACAGCAACUGACAACAACUGACAACAACCGACAACAACUGACAACAACUGACAACAACCGACAACAACUGACAUCAAGACCAGGAAGCUCGUCCAACUUCCUGAGACCAAACUCUGAGAGGGGCGGGUGAGAGGAUGGAGGACGAGCCCCAGCAGGGCCACGCCCACCAGGGGCCCACCAGGGGCCCGUCAGGGGCUCACCAGGGGCCCACCAUGGGCUCACCAGGGGCCCAUCAGGGGCUCACCAGGCGCUCACCAGGGACUCACCAGGGGCCCAUCAGGGGCCUGUCAGGGCUCACUAGGGGCCCACCAGGGGCCCACCAGGGGCUCACAAGGGGCCCGUCAGGGGCUCACCAGGCGCUCACCAGGGACUCACCAGGGGCCCAUCAGGGGCCUGUCAGGGGCUCACUAGGGGCCCACCAGGGGCCCACCGGGGGCCAGUCAGGGGCUCACCAGGCGCUCACCAGGGACUCACCAGGGGCCCAUCAGGGGCCUGUCAGGGGCUCACUAGGGGCUCACCAGGCGCUCACCAGGGACUCACCAGGGGCCCAUCAGGGGCCCGUCAGGGGCUCACUAGGGGCUCACCAGGCGCUCACCAGGGACUCACCAGGGGCCCAUCAGGGGCCCGUCAGGGGCUCACUAGGGGCCCAUCAAGGGCCUGUCAGGGACUCACCAGGGGGCCACCAGGGGCCCGUCAGGGGCUCACCAGGGGCCCAUCAGGGGCCCGUCAGGGGCUCACCAGGCGCUCACCAGGGACUCACCAGGGGCCCAUCAGGGGCCUGUCAGGGGCUCACUAGGGGCCCAUCAGGGGCCCACCGGGGGCCAGUCAAGGGCCCGUCAGGGGCUCACCAGGCGCUCACCAGGGACUCACCAGGGGCCCAUCAGGGGCCCGUCAGGGGCUCACUAGGGGCCCACCAGGAUACACAAUAUAUUGAUUCGGAAUCUCUAAUGAUAAUGUGGAUCUACUUCACCCCCCCCCCCUCCCUCUAA